AUGAGGCUUGCACGAAGGUGGCUGACACGAUGGUCGGUGAGAUGGCGCUGCGUCGAAAGCACACUUGAUCAGUUUACCAAACAGUCAAAACCGUUCCUAGAGAAGGCGGCUGUUCCUCCAAAAGCAAAUAACAAGGUAAUUGCCAGCGCAGCACUUUCUUUCUUGCCCGGUAACAUGAACACGAAUCUGCAUGCGCAACCUCCGUCCGCCACAGAAGCAAACAUACCAGGAUCUGCAGAAACCGUGGAGACACAAGAAGACGUAGAAGCUCACCACAAGCACAAUCAACUCUGCCGAGUCCUGACCCGCCUGGACCACAAAGACCUGAGUAGCGCAGAGAGGGUCUCCGCCGUGGUUGGACUAUGGCUAUCCAUGACAAUCCCCGGAGUGGGCACGUACGCGCUCAGCGGGUUUCUCGCCCUCACGCUCGGACAAGCCAUCUUGCGCGCGAUCCAUCCGGGAGACCCGAGUUAUGCCACCAACAUUCGGUCUACGAUGCAGAUUGGCGCGGUCGGCAGCGGCGUACUUGGUGUCGCAAUCUGGACCGUCAUCCUCAUGGCGCUGCUCCUCGCGACCCUGGGCAGGAAGGUCAAAACCUUCGCAAACAUGAUGAACAUGUCGACAUCCAUACGCAAAGACCUCGGAUCCCUCGCUUUCUACACCGCGGUUGGGGCAGCCAGUGGCCCUCUGGGAGUCGCUAUACUGAAGCACCAUAGGAGUGCGAGCGAGCGAGCGGACAUGUUGGACGUGAGCCAUGCAGCUAAGGCAGGGGCGUUCGGGUGGUUUCUCUUCGCAGUGUCGUGGUUGCUUAAUCACCAGUCGAACAUGUUGAAGAGCAGGGAGUAGUACUGUAUGUAAGUCGACUCGACCGACCGACUGAGGAGGUGGAGG